GUCCUAAAGUCCUAAGGGACUGUGUUUGUCAUUUGUUAGGGAAUACAACAGGUGCAAAUUACAGUGAUGAUCCAGGGGCUUGAAACUGAAAGGAAUGCUAAAGAUCAUGUCCUUUGCCAAAUGUCAGAUCUUGUCCGGAUGCCACACAUUUCCCAGCAGGCCUUCUGAUUAGGGGCAGUAAUUGAUGGUGUGGCAGAUGAACAUAGGCAACUGUCCUCAGAUGUCACUGGAGCAGGAUGAGUCAAGAACACAGUCACAGGUUCAGCUUACUCCUGGACAGAGUCUGAGAUUUCACCCAUUUUGUGUCUUUGCACAAUUUACAACAUGCGCUCACCGGAGACUGUGUUAAUGGUUGCUUUCAUAAGCUUAAGUCAUUACAAAUGACACUGACAUUAUCUGUCAUUUUUAAUGGCAGGUUGCCAAACAUGCAAGGCAUCCUCAUUGCUCCACCGUUUUCGUGACUAUGUUCAAUAAAGAUAUUAUUGACUGUGACACAUUAUUACUCACUGUGUCACCUACACCCAUUUGGCAUCCCUCGGAAAAAUGAUUUGCUGCAGGGGUUUGUCACAAGACAAAAUCUGCCCAAGCAUCCGAAAACGGAGUAGCAACAGAGAAGCCUAUUGGCCAAGAGAUUGCAGCAGCUGAAAUAGCUAUGUAAACACUUUCCCUCUCUCCGUGAGCCCCAGUAAUUAUAGCCAGGAUGCCGGUGACGACAGUUGUCCCAUCGAGACUUCAAAUGCUGGAAUAAAUUUGACAUUAUGACAUUUGAUCCUGUCUCCAAUGGCGCGCCCACGUAAACACUGGGGAGCGGUAUAAAGGCUGGGUACCCCGGCUGGAACAGAAGUUGUUUACCCUUUUGCUCAACGCACCCGGACAUAACCUGACAUGAGGUGUGAUUAGAAGUAGGGGCCCUUUAAAUCCAGCCGGGGUUUUUACGUAACACAGCAGAGGAAAACUGAGGGGGGAAGCACCGGAGAGGGGACUUGACAAUUUGCGACGAGUGGAUGUGAAUGUGUUAGAGUGGCCAGAGCGCACGGUGCACAGGAACUACAGCGAACUGAGGAUUUAUACAGGAGGGCACCGAAAACUCAUUUGUAGAAGAAGAGUUUCCAGGCCAUCGAUCCUUUGGCCCUCGCUGGCAAACCCUCAGUGACCUCUGAGAGAAAAGUGCAACAGGAGAAAGGGGGGAAAUUGCCAUUUAAAAACGCCCCUGGGUAUUGAGUGGCCUGCGUCAUGGCAGCCAUUGAUCUGGAGCGCGGACUGGAACACGGCGGUCGCGGCUGGGGGCAGGAGAGGCCAGAGCUGAUGGACAACUUCGACUCAGAGAUGCAGGAAUGGGAAGACCAGCUGCAGGACAUUCAGAGGAAAAUUGAAAAGUUGUACAAUGAAGUUCAGGCCCGUAGAGGAGGAAAUGAUAUGACCGCUGACAACCAGAAAAAUGAGUUGGAGUGUGGCCUAGGACAUCACGGUAAUGGCCUUUUUGCACCUGGCCAUCACAGCAAGAAUCACUCUGGAGCUAUAAAUAUGCCACAUCACUAUAGUAAUGGAUGUAACUACGGUCCUGGUGGGUACAGCUACCCUGUGAGUCAUCAGAAUGGCUAUGGUUACUGCCACACCAAUGGUGUUUCAGAGAUCGGAGACUUACUUCAGGAUUAUUUGGGACAGGGGAAACAGAUGAGCCGGAAGAACAAUGGAGCUCGCCAUGUGCACUUCAGUGACACAAUCAAAGUGAGCGAGGGCAUCCCAGCAUACCAGGAUGAGAUCAAAACACGACCUGGAAAUGAAAGCAGGGUUGGCCAAGAGCAGUUUUAUGGCAGUGUUGAGGAGACUGAAAACAGGAAGAAUCGAGUGUCUCACAUGAAGAACUCCCCUCGUAGAGAGAGUUCCCCCAGUAAAGAGAACGCAGGUGCCAAACCCCCACUUAGACAAAGAGAAGCUUCUCCUGUACAACUACGCCCAGGCUCACAGCUCCCAAUGGUAACCACUGAAUCUCCCGCUCUGGAGAGAAAGACCUUCAGUCCAGGUGUGCUCGGAGACAGGAAGUGCGGCAGCCCCUCUGUUCUCAGGAAGUUUGGUGCCAUGCUCCAUGAAAAUGAAGGAAAGCUUCUCACUGAAUCUGGGGUGGUGACCCAUCAGGGACUGGCUACAGAGCCAAAGUGCCCCACCCCUGGCUGUCAGCGCAAAGCUCUGGGAGCCACUGCAGUUGGCGGCAGGGUGCCCAUGCGUGUGCCUACCCAGAAAUGCCAAGCAGAUUGUGACGUGCUGACAGCAGAUGCAGAGUCCAGCCAAGAUUGGGGGUUAGCGUCAGACUCUGGUAGACAGAACCAUAAGGAUCAGAGAGGAGGCUACUGCAGCUCUAAAGGGUCCCAGCCCAGUCCUCAGCAGUCCCAGCGGAGAUCACAGGUGGUGGGAAGUCCAAAGCUUAAGCCAAGGGUUCACAGUGGGACAGACAGAGAUGGAGGACUGGCAAGGAAGCCCACACCCCACCUUGGGGAGCCCAAAAUGGACUAUAGGGUCUCAAAUUCUUCACCUGGAGCUCAGAGGAUCCAGAGGGGUGGGUUUGUUGGUCAGUCAGAGAUGGCAGGUUGUGGUGGGAUGAGGGAUGAUGGACUUAUUGAGCUGCUGGACAUGCUGGAGAUUGAACACAAGUACAGCUCCAAUUCCAGAACAGGACAUACCGCCUACAGACAGGAUGCAGAGCUGGCAAAUCCAACUGAAUUUUCCACAUCAAAGCCGACAAAGAGCUUCUCUCGCCCGGCACGGCCAGCCAAUCAGCGACCUCCGUCCAGAUGGGCUAGUCGUACCCCUACUGCCAGGAUCACUGCCCCAUCAGGUCCAAUGUACCGGCCCCCAAGUCCCCUGACUCGUACCCCUAGUCCCAUGACACGAGCCCCAAGUCCUGCCCUGAAGCACCGGCCUCUCAUGUCCUAUUCUCUUCAGACUGAAACUGUCAUCAUGUGAUACUUUGGUUUUAAUAAAGUUUGCUGCCAUCCCUCAAAACCCACAUGAGAUUCCCAACCAUUUAACACCCUCUCUGUCUGUAAAUAUUAGGGAAACUUCUAUUAAACCAAAAGCUUUACAAGAGAUGCUUUACAUCAGAAGUGUUUCUGUUCAUCUGUUCAUCUCCACAUUCUCCAGUGUUGCUGUGGCUUUUUGCUUCUUCUGUGCUCAAACUUUGCCAACACGUACAUAUUGCUUAUUGCCACUUCCCUCCUUUUUGUAUUGAAUUUCAGGUGUUCCUUGUGAAAUGAGAUUUAAGCAUGCAGCCCACGUUUGAGGGUGCAUGCUCAUGUGUUAAAUCCUCGUGGUCGCCAUGCUGAAUCAAAUUCAACCUGGCCACCAUUUGGAGCAGAUUAAGUUGCAACUGGGCUCCCAGCAGCAAAAUACUAACUGUCAACAACAGUGUGUUUUACUGUAUCAUAUUGUCAAAGUAAUAUAUUUAAGAUGUUCAAAUAACAGCUGUGACAAAUGACUAUAAUAUGCCUUUAAUGUAUUUUUUCUUGUUAAUAAAUAUGACAGUGCUUUGA